AUGAAGUGGAUUAUUCUUUUUCUUUUUACUAUCGCAGGCACAGAAGUGUCCGCUCAAUCCUUAAUCGAGCGAAUUCCUGAAGCUACAGUCACUCCUCGCGCUCUAGAAAAAGAAAGCAGAAAGAAACACCGACGAAAAAUUCUCAAAAAGCUCGACUCCCUGGGACUCCAUCAGAAUCAAGAGUGUACGAUACACGAUGAUUGCCCGAGUCGGCGAUUCUGUUUCAGACUGGAGAACGGUCAUCCCUUUGGAAAGUGCCACAAAUGCUUGAAGAAGAAACAAAAGUGUACUGAAGAUAUUGAAUGCUGUCAAGGAGAGGGGGGCAAUGCGAAGAAUGAGUGUAGAAAUGGCGUUUGCUCCAAACGAAGAAAAAAGAGUUCGCCGAAAUCAAGACGAACGCGGUCAAGACGUCGGAGGCUCCGAUGUCUAACCCAGAAAAGCUGUAAGCAUCGCGAAAUCUGCGCGCGCCACUCAAAACACAGCCAUGGUUUCUGCCACACGCCUCUGGCAAAAGAUAAGCCAUGCAGUCCGAAACCAGAACGAGCGAAAUACAGAAGACCUCCAUGUGCCGACGGGUUAGCCUGUCUCAAGAAUGGAAAGAAGUUCACCUGCCAGUAA